AUGAAACAAACUACUAUAUUAUAUACCAAUAAGGAAAUGAUUAAAAAUGGUGGAAGGCUAAAAUUGAAUGAUGAAUCAAAGACUUCAAUUACUGAAUUAUUUCCUUGGAUCUUAGAGUUUAGAAAAAUGUGCAGGUGUAUACAUACAGAGAAAAGUAUGGCAUCUUUAACAGAACUUAUGCAAUUUUAUGUGAGAAAUGUAAAUGUCAGUGUAAAUGAAUGUUAUACAAAGCCUUUAAGAGCUGCAAAAUUAAAGGAUUCUAUUAGUGAGACUUUAAUGUUAUUCUUAUAUAUUUAUCGUGAGCUUUCUGAGGAUCGUAAUAGAACUAUUUAUUUAAACAAUAUGUCGGACUUAUUAGCACUCUAUAUAGAUAUGGAAUUAAAAGCAUCUAGGAAAAGUAAAGAAGAGUAUGAAAAAAUUUGUGCAAGACUUACUUCUUGUCUUUACGUUUAUCUAGAACAUUCCAUUGAACAUUUAUUAGAUACUUUAAUGAAAAUACAAUUUAUGUGUCGCAAUUAUCAUGCCAUUCUACUUUCUGAUAUUUUCUCCUUCAGGAAAGUAAUAAAAAAUAUUCCCAUACAUCCAGAAUCAAGUAUUAUGUAUAUUCGUUACUUUCUCAUUUAUCAUUUGUGGAGAAAAAUAACUGAAAAUGUGGCUGUAAAGAAUCAAAUAACAGCUGCUGCAAUUGCAUCUCUGGGGCCACUGCCACCUACAUUCUCACAGAGUAUAUUAGAAGAUGUAUUGCCAAAAGUGCCAAAGAGUCAACCAAAUUCUACAAAAGCUCUGCUGCAACAUAAAUUUGAUAUAAAAAAGCAUUGUGAAAUAUUUGUUCAAUACUGCAGAGAAAGUAAUGGAAGUGUAUGCCAAAAGGAUGGACCUGCAACUCCCAUUGAUUCGUCCAAUAGAAUUAAUUCAAAAAUGCUCGAAGAUAUCGUUAAUAAAGAUGUAGAAUAUGUAGAUAAUAACGUGAAUUCAAUUAUAUCAGAUAAAAAUAAGCAGAAUGAAUCUAUUUCUUUGCUAAAAACUUUUAAACCUCUAAAUUUGGAAGAGCAAACUAGUUUUAAAUGUUUAGAUACUUUUUCGAAUAAUAUUUCUACGAAGCAUGUUAACCCUAAAAUAAUUAAAUCAAAUAAAAAUCGUUCGCGGAAGAAAUGUAGAAAGUCCAAUGAAAUUGUAAUUAUCGAUUUAACUAGUGAUAUAGUGCUCGAGAAGUGUAUAAAGAAAAGAAAAUGCAGAAAAUUACCAUGGUUGGAGGAAGCGAAGAAAAGUAUCGACUUGAAGAUAGUAAAAGCAUCACAGAAGAUUAAAAUAAAGAAGAAAACACAAGAAGGUAUUUCGAGGAGUGUCGAUCAUCAGCCGGAAGAUGCAUUCCAAUUGGUACGUGCCACCGAAAAUAUCAGUGCAAAAAAUGAAUCGAAUGCAUGUCGGACAGUUGUCGUUAGAAACGAUGAAAAUAAAAUGGAAAUUGACAAAGAGUCGAUAGCUUGUACAGAAAACAUAAGAAAAUCGAUUGAUGCAGAAGUCAAUACUAAAGAAAUAAAUAUAAAAGCGUCUACAAUAAACAGUAAACCAGUUUUAACUGAGAUACUCCCACUAACAAAGUACGUAUCAAACGUUUCACAUACCGUUGUUAAUGGUAAUAAUAUAAAUAAUGGAGAUAAUUCGAAUAUACGCAGUGACGAAAAGGAGAAUGAUAGAUUUAAUAAACAAACUGUGAUCAAGCGAUUGAUAGAAACGGACAUUUUCUCAGAGCCUGAAACACGCGAAAGGGUUGAAAGUUUUAAAAAAGUCUGUGAUCUAGAAACAGAAUGCCCAGGUAUAAAUAAUACGACGAUAUGUACCGAAUAUGAUUCCAAAGAUAAUGCUGUUCAUUCUAAUCAUUCUAACUUUAAUGUAAUUAACAAUGAAAUAACUGAAAGGAUAACGUUAUCAGAAAUAAACGAUGGACUCGAACGAAACAAUCAGAAUCUCUCGAGUAAUGAAAAAAUAGAUAAUGUUUGUUUCAAUAAAACAGUGCAUAGAUCUGAUUACACGAAGAAGAUGGUUAUUAAUUCUGAUGUUAAAUGCGACGAAUUAAUUACAGCGCAAAAUAAUGAUAAAAAUGAGACGAUUUUUAAAGAGAUUACAAAGGGUACCGAUACUUCUUCUAUCAAUGAUACAUUAAAUUACGUAGAAAAUGAACAGUCGUCACAUAUAUUCGUCGAAAAUUCGAUUAUACAAGAAAAGUUCGAAUUACAAAUAAAAUCGGAAUCAUCAAAAUGUACAAACGCAGCGGUGAACGUAGAGAAAAAAGAGUUCUGUACGCGAACAGAACUAGAAAUUUGUAAUUAUGACGAAGUAAACGAGAAUAUAGGAGGAAACAAAUCAAGCAUCGCUAAUAUUAGAGAAUCUAUUUUCGGAUCUUAUUCUAUGGAUAAGAAAGAUAUUUCUAAUAUAGUUAAUGCAACGUGCCCGAAUGAAAAUAUUGAGAAUAACAAAAAUUCUUGUAUCGAUACAAGCUUUAGGAAACCCAUAGAAAAUAUAAUAAGCGACAAAUGCGAUAAUAAUUUUGGCAAAUACGUUAAUAAGGAAGUUAUUCCUCGCGAAUGUAACCAAGUGUCCCGCAUAUCAACAGAAAAGAAAAACGUGUGCAAUGUUCCCGAAGAUAAGUACAUCGUUCAAGGGUCUGAGAUACAAGACAAUAUCGAUGGUCUGUCGUUAUUAGCUAGCGUUUCACAGCAUGUGCCACAUUUGAAGCCAGAAUUUGAAAUAAAAUGUGAUCAAAUAAAGGUGAAAGAUUACGCAUCCUUGAGGUAUGCGUGUUAUAAUCAAAUUACUGACGACGAAGCUGAUACGAACGAUUCGUCCAACACUGUUUCUCAGUUGCUUGAAAAUCCAUCCACAGAGAUCAUCAACAGAAUUGUUGGCAUUUACCCUGAGGACGCCUUAGAUAAAGUCGCGCUUCGUGUAAAAGUAACAUCUAACGAACCAGAGAGUAGAAACAACGACGAGACGUGCAAAGUUGUUUCUCAUCCGGAAGCAAGUAUUAAUUAUGAUGCGGAUACAUUGACGCAUAAUUUGGCCCCUACAGAGAAAAGUAAUGUGCAAACAGUGAAAGAGAACACGAAUGUAAUACUAAACGGGGAAACUGUGGUUUUACUGCAAAAGUCUCCUAACAGCAAUUUGUAUAUUAUAAAUAAGGCGGUCGAAAAUUCGAAAGAUCACAAUAACGACGACGAGAUCACUAGGUUAAAGGAAAAAAAUUGGGUAUCGCCAUUGGAAGAGUGUGGACAAUUUGAAGCUGUAACUUCUCUGGAUCAUGCAUCGUAUAAUUUGGAAUUAACCCUAUAUAACAAAGACUCGCCGUAUCAGGAAAGCAAAUGUUCAAUGGUACGAGGUAAAGGGAUCAAGAUAGAACCCGAUGAUAGUAAUUUCUCAGACGCGAAGGGAUACUCUAAGAAGGUACCGUUAUCGACUGACAUGCUUUCCAUCAAUUCACAGAUGUAUCAGGAUGUAAACGUUAUGAACAAGCCGAUAGAUAAACGGAAAUCUUCGAAGCCGAAUCUCGCGUUUCGACAGAAUAUCAAGCAAGAAUUUAACAACAUUUCCAAUCACAUCGCGUCGAAUUGCGCGAUUCCGGGAUGCAACGGAAUUCACUCACAUCCGCACGAAGUUGAUGCUCAACAUCCCUUACAUAUUCCCGCCACUCAUCCGACCGCCUUACCAUCGAUUUACGGAAAUUGUGCUGGCAAUGCGGACUUGUGUGUACCAUAUCACAAGCAUUGCACGUCGGUAUCGUGUAGUUUGCAAAUUAACACCACUACUUCCUUUCAUUCUCACGCUAAAUCAGGUAGCCCAUGCGGAAGAUCGCAUUGUUCAUGUUUAAAUUGUACUUACGAUAUCGUUACACAUUGCAGACAGUGUAUACACCCACCUACAGAUACUCACGUGUCUUGUAUCGAAAGCAGUCCGUAUUUCUUGCCAACACACUCGUCAGUACAAAGUCCUGCCGUCCAGGAGCAUGACAGAGCGAAAAGCGAAGCCGUCAUAGGGAAAUUAUAUGACGAUCAAUUAUUGUGUAAAAUAGGGAAGAGUAUUUUGCAGAAUAAUUCGCUGGAGAAACAUGAUGUUCAAUGCGAUUCAGAGAAGAUAUUCAAUAAGGACACGGAGAACAAAUUGCCUUUGAAAAAGAGGUUGAAAGCACACGCUAUGGCAUACGGGGAAAUACCAAUUAAGGCCGAGAAAAUAGAUAAUUAUCCUGCUAUGCCUAUGAUGUCGAUAGCUGCUUUGGAAGUUUUGGACAACACACAAAAGAGGACCGCUCAAAUCUGUAAGUCCGAAUAUGAACUGUCUCUUGCGAAAAAAAAGGAUUCACACGACGGCUAUCAUUGCGGAUCAGGUUUGGUGAGAAGAGAUUACUAUAAGGAUAUGAACCUUGCCGAUUCACAUCAGAAUCUCGCGGAGGAAAAUACAAGAAACGUCGAGUGUCAAUCCGAUCCGGUGUGCCAAGAAUCUUGCCUUCAAAGGACAAUUAAAACACCUGUGCAACGCAAAGAGGUUAAUCUGUCGAAUGCGACGUCGUUGAAGCGAUUUGAAAUGGAGGCGAUAGAGCAGGAGGGAACGUACAAGAAGGUAAAAAAAACGCAAUCACCUCUACGUCAAACAAGAAGCUCAAAAAGAAACGUUCCUAAAGUAAAUUAUUCUUACACCGAUGUUGAUCCAGAAUGGAAUCCGUCCGGUGAGUCAAAACGCAAACGCAAAAAGACUAGUCGAUGAUCGAUACCACCUCAUUAUGAAGAUUCGUAUUGUAAGAAAUUUUUCUCAAAUCUAAAUGAAGGAAUGUAAAUUGAUUCUAUAAGACUGUGGCAUUGUAAAAUUGUAAAUAUUGUAUAAAUGGAAGAAUAAAUCAUCAUGAGAAGAUACACGUACUGGCAAAGUGUAUGGUACAACGUUCGAAGAUUAACAUCAGUGAAGAUUUUUCGAAGAAGUUCAAUGAAAUAAUACUGAAGAUAUUUAGAUCUUGUAACUCGCACCUGUAUUUUGUUGAACACA